CUACCAUGCGAUGCAUUUUAAGCGAAAACAAGCGCGACUGUGCAUGAUGUCUCAUGAUAUGUUACAGUCGUUUGUCCUCGAAUGCAUUGUCGGUGUGAGUCAACAUCUCCAUAUCUGGAGUCAAGACAUGCAACUGAUUUUGGAAUGACAUCUUGAAGCUUAUCGGGCAGUCACGAACAUCCUGCUGCAAUCCUCCACGCUCCAGGUUUCCUUCAAAACCCCCCCACCGCGCGAGCGUGGUGGUGGCAGAACCGAUGGAUGAAGCUGCAAAAUUUGUGACCAUCGCGCCAGAUGGUGGCGGUGCGACUGAUCCAAAGCCGGGGAGUGUUCCAGAUGGCGGCCUGCACGAUUCCGAAUUGGAUGCCUUGUUGGAGGAAUCUGAGGAAGCAACUGCAAAGCAACAAAAGCCAAAGUACUCGAAAGCACUGUCCAGUGUUGGCGGCCAGGCCCAGAAAAUGGUGCAGGAAAGGGCCCAAGAACAAAUCAACGAGAUGCAGCUGUCGUGCAGUGCGCUCGGCAUCAACCAGCGGUCUGCCAAAGAGCUGCAGUUGCUCAGAGGGGAGGUGGAGUUCAGUGGAUUGGGUACUGGUGGUCACCGUGCUCACUACGUGAUUGCUCCUCCAGAGAUGGAGAGUGCAGAUGAACUCUUGCGCUGGAUGUUCGUCCGCCGGGAUGGAUGGCGCUUGAAGCCUCCAAAUCUUUUGCUAUCUUGCUAUGGCGGAAGAGAUCACUAUGUGAACUGGGCUCAUUCACCAACGCUUCGAAACCGAGAGGCCUGGGCCACGGCCACCGGCGCCGUAGAGGAUUGGCAGUUCAGACAGAAGUUUACCAGCCGACUGUCAGAGAUCUCAUCAGGUGUUUGCCAAGCUGUGAGCGAAUGUGGGGGAUGGUUUGAUCUGGGCACUGGACCUAGAGGAGGCUUGAACGAAGUUUUGAUGGACGGCUUGAAGGUCUAUUGGUCCGCCUUUGGAUGCCUGGCAGGACACAAGACCGACAACGUGGUGUUCUGUGUGCGCUUUUUGCAGGACACGGAGUUCAAGGACAGCUUUCUCCAGUGUGCACAAGCUGUGCCCGCAUCCGGUCCUGUUGACAAGCAGGAAGAUUUGAAGGAACGAGUGAUGUACCCGUCUGUCAACAGCCAGUUGUUUCCGGAGCUCGGAACCGAUCCGAAGGCCAAUGAUCAGGAUCUCCGGGGCUUAGAUCCAGAUGAAGAAGAUGCAGGGAAGAGUGCAAAGAGUGUUGCUGACUUGGAGCUAGAAGUACGUGCUCAAAUCACGAGGCGCUUUCUCUGCAAUGCUCUUACUCACAUUAUUUUUGUUCAGAGUCAGCAAACACUGGACAGACUGAGAAUCAAGCUCCGCUCUUUGGCUACGCGGGCAUCCAUUUUUGCCAAUGGAAAUGAAGCUCUCAUUCAACCUGGUGUGGAUGGUAAGAUUUUGAUGGAGGCAGUGACAGGCGUGCCCAUCGUGUGUCUUCACAACACAGGAGGUGCCGCUGAAAUGUUGGGUGCUGCAGUUCUCCGAAGACGCCAGCCCCAUCAUGCUGAACACUCGAAGUUCAUGUAUGGAUAUGACCUGCCGGAAAAUGUACCUGAUGAUCAGUUCUUGAUCCUGAAUCCAGCAAAGGAUUCAGUUGAAAAGGUCAUCAACAAGCUGACACUUGUCUUGUCCACAGUCCAAGAUGAUGAAAUGAUGGAGAUUGGCUUUGCCAAGAGCGAAGAAAAUCGUCUCCGAUAUGCUUGGGAACAAUACUUGCUCUAUGCCUACAAUGCGGCGAUUUUUCGACGAAGAGCUAGAAUUCUGCAGUACAGUGCCCUGGUGCUUUCAGUUGUUGUGACCGUGGUUGCUAUCUUGUAUCGCGAAAGCACGACGAACCCAGACUCACCUUUGCAAAAGGAAGAGCUCAGAGUGAGCUUGCUGGUCCUGCCCUGUGUGAGUGCUUUUGUUCUGACCUCAAUCAGCCGAUUGAACUUUGUCAACAAAUGGGCAGCUUUGGAAAGCGGUGCUGUGAAUGUGAAGAGCGAGAUCUAUCAGUACCGCUGUCGUGUGCUGUAUUACCAGCCUCGGAAGUCCAACGACAUGGACAUUGAAGAUCGCGUGGAGGAGCUCUGUGACAAUCCUCCUAGCACCGCUGACCUAGCCACCCUAGCAGCUCUGAAGAAGAGGCAGAAGAAGGCUGAGGCAACAGCCCCAAAUGGAAUAACUCGUCGAGGCACUUUCUCAGCAGCUUUAGCACAAAUCAACUCUGAUGCCACAGGCUCGGAUGUCCGGGCUGAUUACUUGUCUAUGCCGCCAGCUUCGGCCAUGGCAAAACUGAAGGCUAACCUCUAUGACUGGGACAAGGUGCUUGCCUCCUACCACCAGCGCACUUCCUCCACUUCCUCUUGCAAAAGGCUUUGCAAUCCCUGCAGACGUCCUUCUGCGAAGGUUAUGGAUCUUGAGGACGGCCCAUGGAACCAGGCUGGCAGCGAUUUCCACCCAAACCCCUUUGCAAUUGAUGACGACUAUUUGAAUGAUGAUGGAACAUCUCUAGUGACGGCCGAGGACUACAUCCAUUUCCGAUUUUUGCCCAUGCUUCAGUACUACUCUUGGCGCAGCCGUGACCUUUCAAGGAAAGUGCUGGUUCUCCAGGUCUUGACCUACUUUCUGACUGCAGCACUGGCGGCUGCAACUCCUCUCGGCUACGAAGCUUGGAUACCAGUCCUGGUGUCCUUCAUCUCCUUUUUCGCGGGGAUCAUGGAAUUUGAGGCCUUGUCGUCUCAACUGCGCAAUGUCAAUCAAUCCUUGGAGUCACUCAAGAACCUUCAUUUCUGGUGGCAGAGCCUUUCAAUGGUCGAGCGGCGAAUGCCCUCCAACAAGAACGAACUAGUGGCUUGCACAGAGGCGACGGCUGACAGUGAGAUCUCCGCAUGGAAAAAGACAUUGAAAGUCAAGAGUGUGACAUCUGGCGGUUCAAAUGGGAAAGAAGAGGCUGAGGAGGAUUCGGAUUGAUGUUUGUAGGAUAGCCAAGCCCAGCAUGCGCAUUUUUCCACUGCAGCGCCCAAGGUGCCAGCACUGGAGUAGCCAGACAUGUCGAGACUGAUUCAGUUUCACCAAGUAAAGCUGAAAGACACAGAUGCCACCGAAAACAGGCCUGCCUAUUGCGUCAGGAUGUUUAGUACUACAAUGUACUACAUGUGCGACCUUGAUGUCGCUUCCCUUGCGCAUGAACUGGUGUUCCUUUUGUUUGCAUGCCUUCCUAUGGCUCAGACAAAAAACAUGACAUGCAGAGAAGGAUAUUUGGCUUAACUUGCUCACUCUGCAGCUUAUGAUUAGGCCCAGAUGUAGUGUGUCAGUGCAUACUCUCCAAUGGUUGCAGGAUGCCAAAGUUGGUGCAAUCAUGGGUUCGAUGGAAGGAGGCGAUGAAGGAGACGGAGACGGAGAUGGUGUCUCCAUCACCUGUCGCAUGGCAGCUUUCAGCCUUUGGUUCUCUUGGUUGAGCGACGACUCCGUUUGCCAUUUCCUUGGCUGUUGGUGACUUCCGCCACUCUUCCCAUUGGCCUUGCCAUUGCUUCUGCGCUUUUCUCCAUGACAUAGUGCGUGGAGUGGAAGCCGAUCAAGGACGGGAAUAUUGUAGGCAGGUCUGCUAUGAUGGGAUUCCAGGUUUCUUGAUCCCGCUUUUCCCUUGAAAUCUGUUGACUCUUGCUCGGGCCCUCUGUCUUCUACGUCUUUCGCAACGGUGCCACGUCGGAGACCAUUCCCGCGCUAUGGCGAACAGCACCGAGAGAGGGGGCUUGAAAGCGACACCUUUAGUGUCUGGGGCUACCAGGUCGAUCUUAUUUCUAAGCAAUCCUGAGCCUUGAGAGAUCAACUGAGGAAAUGAAGAGGAUUGGACAGAGCUGUCGCUCUCUUUGCGAAGGUUUGUUGUCCAGCACUGAAAAGCAUGAGAAGUUGGGUGAUCUCCGGAAU